AACACUUGUGUCAGUGAAUAUCUGUGCUGGAAGAUAAUCACGCAUUUUUUUGUUGUUCCAGCUCUGGCUCUGCUGCUUCACGCGCAGCUUGGCUCAUCCUUCAUCCUGUCAUGCUACUUCACCAACUGGGCGCAGUACAGACCACCUCCAACCAUUUUCAUGCCCGAUGACAUCGACCCGUGCCUGUGUACCCAUCUCCUGUACGCCUUCGCCACCAUAAAGAACAACCAUCUGGCCACCUAUGAGUGGAACGAUGUGGAGCUUUACAGUCAGUUCAACGCCCUGAAGAACCAGAAUGGCAACCUGAAGACUCUUCUGUCUGUUGGAGGGUGGAACUUUGGCUCUACAGGGUUUUCACAAAUGGUGUUGAGCUCUGCCAACCGUCAGACCUUCAUCAACUCGGUCAUUUCAUUCCUGAGGGAGUAUGAGUUUGACGGGCUCGACAUCGACUGGGAGUAUCCAGCCAACAGGGGAGGCUCUCCUCAAGAUAAGCAGUACUACUCCGUUUUCCUGGAGGAGAUGAGAGCUGCCUUUGAAAAUGAGGCCAAGCAGAGCAACAAGGCUCGUCUUCUGAUGUCUGCUGCUGUGUCUGCUGGAAAGGACACCAUUGAUUCUGCUUAUCAGAUUCCCAAGCUUGGCCAGUCCCUGGAUAUGAUCAACGUCAUGAGCUAUGACUUCCACGGCUCCUGGGACCCCAUGACUGGCGAGUGCAGUCCCCUGUUCAAGGGCCCGGAGGACCAGGGUGGCUUCAUCUAUUUCAACGUGGACUACGCCAUGAACUACUGGAAGAGCCAGGGGGCCCCGGCUGAGAAGCUGAUUGUUGGUUUCCCCACAUACGGCAACACGUUCACUCUUAGGAGCGCUGCUAACCAUGGCGUUGGCGCACCUACCGCUGGUGCCGGAACUCCAGGAAAGUACACGCAGGAGGCCGGAGAACUCGCUUAUUUUGAGAUCUGCGGCUUUUUGAAAGAUGGAGCAACUGAGGUUUGGAACCAGGCCCAGGAUGUGCCAUAUGCCUACAAGGGAAACCAGUGGGUGGGCUAUGACAACAUCAAGAGCUUCCAGAUCAAGGUUGACUGGCUGAAAAAGAGUAACUUCGGAGGUGCCAUGGUGUGGACCCUUGACAUGGAUGACUACAUGGGCACUUUCUGUAACCAGGGCAAAUACCCACUGAUUAAUGUCCUCAAAAAGGGCCUUAAUCUGGAGCAAGCGUCCUGCACAGCACCAGCGACUAAACUUCCUCCAAUUGCCGGUGUGAGCACGACCCAGAGCAGCUCUGGAGGAGGCUCCAGUGGCGGCAGCUCCUCUGGUGGGGGCUCCGGAACCGGCGGCAUGGACAGCGGGUUCUGUGCCGGAAAGGCCAACGGCAUGUAUCCCAACCCAAAGGACAAGAACCAAUUCUACAACUGCAGCAGCGGCAAGACCUACUUUGAGCACUGUGCUGCUGGUCUGGUUUUUGACAGCUCCUGUUCUUGUUGCAACUGGGCCUAAAGCUGAAGUUACAGAUUGACUGGUUGACUGUUGAAAGGGUCAACUUCUCCGAGUACAGAG